AUGCAGUGCCAUUGUAUCAGAGAAAUUAUGAUUUCCAUUCCGUUUAUUGAAUCGUCAUCUUCGUUAAACGCACCAGCAACAAAAACAUCAACAACACAGCUUUGUCUAAAAUUGCAGUCAACAAAGCAAGUGAAAAACAUCUUCGAGACUCAGCAAAGACGUGGUGAAACCACAAAUCAAUAUGUGCGAAGAGUUUUAGAAGCGUACAACUUUUCACGAGAAAAAAGGAAGAAGAAGAAGGAGAAGCGUUUGUCGAUAACAUUAGGAAAAGCUGAAUUUUCUACGAACAAUGCAAUGGAAAAGGAAACUGAAUCAGAUCAACAAGGAAUAAGAGGAAAAACGUAA